AUGAUGGAUAAUACAUCAGUAAUUACUAUGUUUACUCUGUCAGGGUUAAGUGGGAUACAAAACUACAGAAUUGGUCUCUUUGUUCUCACUCUGUUGUGUUACUGUGUAAUUUGGGUGGUAAAUUUGACCAUUAUUGUGACAAUAAUUAUGGACAAAAAGCUUCAUGAGCCCAUGUAUAUCUUCCUCUGUAAUCUGUGCAUCAAUGGACUUUACGGGACAGCAGGCUUUUACCCCAAAUUCCUCAUUGAUCUUCUGUCUACCACUCAUGUCAUCUCUUAUGCUGGAUGUCUUUUGCAGGGUUUUGUGUUGCACUCCUCAGCUUGUGCUGACUUCUCUCUUCUAGCGCUAAUGGCCUAUGACCGAUAUGUGGCUAUAUGUAGCCCUCUGUUGUACCACUCUGUGAUGACGAAACAGAAAAUUUGUGUGUUUGUGUUUUUUGCUUGGCUUAUACCAUUUUACCUUUUGUUCAUGAGCACAAUAACAACUUCAACAUCUAGGUUGUGCGGCUCACACAUACCGAAGAUCUACUGUAUUAAUUGGCUGGUAAAUAAACUAGCCUGUUCGGCCUCCAUAGCAAACAUUAUUAUUCCAGCUUUUAAUUAUACUUUUUAUUUUGGCCAUUGUGUGUUUGUUGCUUGGUCUUAUGCAUAUCUGAUCAAAACAUGCAUGACAUCAAAAGAGAACAGGAGCAAAUUUAUGCAGACAUGUGUGCCACAUUUAUUCUCUUUAGCAGUCGUUGUUGGCUCUUUGCUUUUUGAUUUGCUGUAUGUGCGUUUUGGAUCCAAAGCAUUACCACAAAGCGCAAAUAAUUUUAUAGCAAUGGAAUUUCUCAUUGUUCCUCCAAUUAUCAAUCCACUGAUGUAUGGUUUAAAGUUAACACAAAUAAGAAACAGAAUUCAAAGAUUUAUAUGCAGUAGAAAUUCAGUUGUUGGACUGAAGUCAUGA